AUGGCCAUGGGUGGCCAAACUUCCUCCAUGGAGCACAAUGCGCAUUUCAUGCGCCCAGUCUACAAGGACUUGCUGUCCUUUGCUUUUGACGAGAAGCCCGUUGCCUACGAUGAGUAUCGACCUUUGUAUGUCGAUGCUGAGAAUCCGAGUUUGUCGCUGAAUGCACAUCAAGUGCGGCUUUUCGUCCGAACUGUUAUUGCUGGCCUUAAGAAGAGGGCCAAUCUAGAGGCAGGGGAGUGUGUUCUUGUAACAUUGCCAAAUAAUGUCUUGUACUCUUCAAUAUUUUACAGCAUCAUUGGUGCUGGGGGGAUAUACAUGGGCAUUAACCCAGCAAGUCAAUAUGCGGAGUUGGAGCAUUUCUUGGAAUUAUCAACUCCCAAGCUGAUUAUCACAGCACCUACUGGGCUGGGUCUUUUGCAGGAAGUUACCAAAGCAAAAGGUAUACCACAGGACCGCAUCUGUGUCCUGGAUCAGUACGCCAUUUCCUAUCUUACGGAGAUGCUGUCACCACCACCAUCAGGCCCAAAUGGUGAAGCUGCGAGGAAAGAUGAGUAUCCUCAAGAUAUCAGAAAUAAAGAAGUUCUGAAUUUCUCAGCUCUUCUUAGACAUGGCGAGGGAGACUGGAUCAGAUUCGACAAUAUAAACCGUUGCAUGAACACUCCAGCAGCUAUGUACACCACCAGCGGAACUGGAGGUCUGCCAAAGGGUGCAUUACUUUCCCAUCAUUCUAUCGUCAUGCAUCAUCAGAGUCUGUAUUAUGACACACCAUACGAUAUUACUCGGCUAAUCUGCAUCCCCAUGUUCCACCUCUUUGGUGCCUUGUUCACGCAUAUCUGGCCCAUUCGGUAUGGAGAGACGUGCUACAUACUUCCACGAUUCGACAUUGCGCAGUUCGUGAAGACGAUUUAUCUCUACCGAAUUACGGAGACUUUUAUGGUACCUGCUAUGGUGCAUGCAUUGAAUAAGUGCCCUGAUCUUGAGCUGUCCGAGUUUUUCAGGUCGUUGAGAUAUAUUGGAUCAGCAGGGGCGUCUCUCGACUCGGUUUCGGCACAACGUCUAGAGGUAAAGCUGCACCCGGAGGCCCAAGUAUGCCAGCUAUGGGGCAUGACUGAGGCUGGAGUUGCAUUCCAGGUGAGAUAUGGAUGUCGCGAUGCAACCGCGAGUAUAGGUCGCCUGCUCCCGAAUUAUGAGGUCAAAUUACUUGAUAUUGAUGAUCAGGAGGUUACGGCUGAGGAUACCUCUGGCGAACUAUACGUUCGUGGCCCUGGACUCUUGAUGGAGUACAAAGGUAUACCCAAUGCCAAAGACGAGAAUGGUUGGUUUCGAACAGGAGAUGUAGUCACCGUUCGCGAUGGAAAGUACUACGUUGUUGGACGAGCGAAGGAACUUAUCAAAGUCAGGGGAUGGCAAGUCGCACCAGCCGAGAUCGAGGGCGUAUUACUCAAACACCCCUGUAUUGCCGACGCAGCAGCAGUCGGCAUCAAAAAGCAAGACACCCCCGACCAACAUGAAGAUGAACUUGUGCGCGCCUUCGUUGUCCGGCGCAAGACCAUAGCAGCCGCCAGACUUACAGGUGACGAAGUGUACCGAUUCGCGCGCCAUCAACUCGUGAGCUACAAGUCAUUGACUGGCGGAGUGGUCUUUGUAGAUGAGAUUCCACGCACCCCUAGUGGGAAAAUUCAGCGAUUCAAGCUUGUGGAGAUGUGUGCUUAUCGAGAUCUUGUAUCUAGUCUGUUGUUUUUCAAACCACAAGUAGAGAAUCUGAGGGCGUUGUCGUCAGCACAUAGUUUAGGGCUAAGGUCUAUUGGGCAGAGGAAGAAUGGGGCCGAGGCAGCACGAAUUGAAUUGCGUCCUUAG